AACUAAAACUUCCGUUAGAUACCAUUGAUUCCUUUUCCGGUGUGUGUCGUAUAAAUAAGUUCUUCAACAUGGGUAAAAGAAAUAAUAUGAUUCCUAAUGGACAUUUUCAUAAAGAUUGGCAAAGAUUUGUCAAAACAUGGUUCAAUCAACCUGCCAGAAAAUAUCGUCGUAAACAAAAUCGUGUAAAAAAAGCUCGUACUGUCGCACCAAGACCUGUAAAGCUUUUAAGACCUGUUGUUCAUUGUCCAACAUUCCGUUAUCAUACAAAAGUUAGGGCAGGUAAAGGUUUUACAUUAGAAGAAUUGAAAGCUAGUGGUUUAAAUAAAAGAUUUGCUAGGACUAUUGGAAUUGCAGUAGAUCCUAGAAGACGUAAUAAAUCAGUUGAAUCUUUGCAAACAAAUGCUCAAAGAUUGAAAGAAUAUAAGUCAAAAUUGAUUCUCUUCCCAUUAAAUGAAAAGAAACCUAAAAAGGGUGAUGCUAGUGAGGAAGAGAUGAAACUUGCUACUCAAGUUAAAGGAGAAAUCAUGCCAGUACGACACCAAGCACCAGCUAAAGCUAAAGCACGUGUCAUUUCUGAAGAAGAAAGAAAAUUCUCUGCAUAUGUAACUCUCCGUAAAGCUAGAGCUGAUGCUAGAUUAGUAGGAAUUCGUGCGAAACGUGUAAAAGAUGCAGCAGAAAAUCCAGAUGAUGUUACCAAAGUUGGUAAAGAUAAAAAGGCUAAGAAAUAAUAUAAUAAAUUUAUAUUAUAAAAAAUUAAAUAUAAUAAUUAUAAAAAAUAAAUUGUUUAACAAAAAAUAAA